AGACCUAGCACCAGUAGCCGCAAUAAAAAUUGAAAAGUGGUGUGGGGGGGAAAAAGAGGAAAAGAUAGCUCAUCGAUUACAAUAUUUUUUUUAUGAUUAAUAAGUUUUCAACAACUUCGCACUUUAUGUCGUCAAUAAAUUCCAUCCUCCUCAGCCUCUUUCUCAUUGUCAAUACUGAAAUUGCAUAUAAAUCCAAAAGGCAAGCAGUCAAGUGUUUAUAAACAAGCAUAGUAGAGCUAGUAGGAAAGCCCUAGGAGGAGGACCCUUGUUGUGUUGUAUUUUGGAAGAGAAAUUAAACCACAGAAUCCCAAUGCUUGUGUCUAAAUCUUGUUAAGCGUUAUAUGCUUGGAUCAUCUACUAAGCACUAUUGCUCAUUUCUGGCUCUUUUAGUCACUGCUUUUAUUAAACCGAUGUCAAUAGGUAGCAUAAUGAAGCAGAAAAAUCAACAGAUAAGUUUGAGAAUCUAUUUUAUACAUAAUGGCAAAGGCUUUUCCUCUGAAUGGUGAGAACUGCACGGAUACUACCGGUGAAAAGAUUGUCGUUGGCGGUAGCAGUACUGGAGAGAAGCUUCAGGCUACAAGCAAGGACAUCAAUAACGUGCACCGUCAAGGUCUUCUCCACGGUGACAGCGGCAAAAUGGUGAGAAAAAGGGCGGCCUCCGACAUGGAGAUCCAGACGGGGGCAGGCGAAGACCAUAGGUAUCUACGACGUCCGGUAACCAUAGGCGGGUCUCAUGCUCAGAUGAGCGUUUCCACCAGUAGUUUUGGUCAUAAUAUCAACAAUAUCCCAACGACGACCAACGUCUCCAACUACUCCACUAUGCAAAUGUUACCUUCUUCCACGAACUUGUGCGGUGUGACGUCUAGAGGGCCUGGGAUUGAUACUGGUUUUUCUAAUUCAACCCCAAACCUAACUUACACCGACGCCAUAACAUCGCAUCAUCAGCUACAAGGUCCACAAACACAGAACGACAAUCAAUCCCCGUCUGUUUGUGUUUUCUCCGGUUUGCCCCUCUUUCCUCCUGAUAGGAACCGCCAAAACAGCGGCUUACUACUACAACAACCUGCAACUGCUGCGGCAGCAGCUGUUGUAUCUUCCCCUCUUACAACUGGAAGAAUCGAUACCAUGGAGGAUAGCACGUCCGCUACGGCAUGGAUUGACAGCAUAAUAAAGGAUUUAAUCAACAGCUCCGCUCAAGUAUCCGUGCCCCAACUCAUCCAGAAUGUAAGGGAGAUAAUCCACCCUUGCAAUCCAUAUCUUGCAUCCCUCCUGGAGUACAGGCUUCGCUCUCUCAAUACUGGUGGUGCUGAUCAAAAUGACCCCAUGGAGUGCUGGAGAAGGAAAGAACCGCUGCCACAGCUUGCGGGCUUACAACAACAGGUCCAAAACAGUGCCAAUUUAUUGCAGCACAAUAUUUUGUCCCUUCGGGAUUCCUCAAAUAACCAAUACUUAAACUGGGAAAUAGCUUUGCCAGCCAGUCACAACGCUCCGGUGGCGCCCUCUGUGAACCAGCACCAGCAGCUUGGCGGUAAUAAUCCCACUGCAACAGAUCUUUCUUUUGUUACGCCUCCGAUUCUUUCUCCUCAAGUGCAGCAACAACAACAAGAAGAAUCUCCUCAGUCUCAGCAACAGGCGGCAAUAGACUUAGAACAACAGAAGCAGCAGCAAUCUUCUUGUUCUCUAUCUCCAACGUCGGUGGCUGAUAGUAGUGUCAAAAUAAAAACUACAACACCAGUUCCACCAGUCCCAGUCAACACAUACAAAGAGAAAAAGGAAGAAGAGCGACAACAAAAGAGGGAUGAAGAAGGGUUGCACCUUUUGACCUUGCUAUUGCAAUGUGCAGAAGCCGUAUCCGCUGAUAAUUUAGAAGAGGCAAAUAAAAUGCUAUUGGAAGUGUCCGAACUCUCCACACCCUUUGGCACAUCUGCACAGCGGGUCGCUGCAUAUUUCUCAGAGGCCAUGUCAGCAAGGCUAUUGAAUUCAUGCUUGGGAAUAUACGCAGCGCUGCCAAUGACCAGCGUCCCCGUGCUUUAUACCCAGAAGUUAGCAUCCGCUUUCCAGGUGUUUAACGGGAUCAGCCCCUUCAUAAAAUUCUCACAUUUCACAGCCAAUCAAGCAAUACAAGAAGCUUUCGAGAGAGAAGACCAGGUGCAUAUCAUAGACCUUGAUAUAAUGCAAGGUCUUCAAUGGCCCGGUCUCUUUCACAUCUUGGCUUCCAGGCCCGGUGGGCCUCCUUUUGUUCGGCUCACUGGGCUUGGAACCUCUAUGGAUGCUCUUGAAGCAACCGGCAAGCGAUUGUCAGAUUUUGCUGAGAGAUUAGGCCUUCCUUUCGAGUUUUUACCCCUCGCCGACAAAGUUGGAAACUUAGACCCUGAGAAAUUGAAUGUAAGCAAGAGAGAAGCUGUUGCGGUUCAUUGGUUGCAACAUUCACUUUACGAUGUCACUGGCAGCGACUCUAAUACACUCUCCCUCUUGCAAAGGUUGGCUCCAAAGGUGGUGACUGUAGUGGAACAAGACCUGAGUCACGCGGGUUCAUUCUUGGGGAGGUUUGUUGAAGCUAUACAUUACUACUCGGCUCUAUUUGACUCACUAGGCGCGUGCUACGGGGAGGAGAGUGAAGAAAGACACGUCGUGGAGCAACAACUCUUAUCAAAAGAGAUACGCAAUGUGCUGGCUGUAGGCGGUCCAUCAAGGAGUGGCGAGGUGAAGUUCAAUAAUUGGAGAGAAAAACUUCAACAGUCUGGGUUCAGGUGCUUAUCUCUUGCAGGCAAUGCUGCAGCACAAGCUACUCUUUUGCUUGGAAUGUUCCCUUCUCAUGGAUACACUUUGGUUGAGGAUAAUGGAACUCUCAAACUUGGCUGGAAAGAUCUAUGCUUGUUUACUGCUUCUGCAUGGAGGCCUAAUUCCUUGCAUGUUGCAUCCGGUUCUCGUCACUUCUCUCGUCCCAAUAUGGAUUAGAAGACCCCUUCUAUGCAGUCAGUCAAGUUAGUGAAUUUCGAAUAUCAAGUGAUUAUUUCUUCACUCCAUUUGGCAGUCUUUUCAUGUUUACAUCACCAAGGUGGUUUGAUAACUCCGUUUUUGUUCAGCAAUCAUUGGUUAUGUUGCUUUCUUUUGCUCAAAUUACUGUUCUGUUUUUUCCUUUUGGUUGAAUCAAAGAUAUUUUCGAUAAGGGGAAAAAUGUGUUUUUGAUAUCUUAAUGAUUAAAAAAUUUCUGAC